GUCUCGACGGGCAAGGCCGGCGUUAGCCCGCCGGUGCCGUCAGCACGCUGCAGCGAAGGGGCCGGCUUCAUGCAAAUAGAGAGAACCUUUCAGGCGGAGAAACGAGUGACGAGGCGGCCGCGAACAAGCUGGAGGAACGGAGCAGUUUUGAAGCUGAAUUUUCAGGCCGGAGGCGGUUGGCUUUGGUUGGUGAGAAUGGAGCGGUAAGGCAAAGGCAGUCGGCGUAGAUUGGAAGCGCUCAGAGCAUGGCGGUGGCGUUCGUGCCGCUCAGCGGCGGCGGUCACCGUCCGGCGGAGAGCUGUGGGAACGGGUGGGCUGCACAACCCCCCGAGUUGAGGGUAUCGCUUCUCGGCCUUUUGGCUAAGAUCAAGUGUAGUAUCUGUUCUUAUCAGUUUAAUAUCUGAUACGUUCUUUAUCUGAGAACUAUAUAUUAAAUGGAUUUUUGAAACAGGGAGAUGGAGUAGGAGCUUGCUCCAUCCACUCCACGCAUCGACCCGGUAUUGCAGUACUUCUGGGAGCGGUGUACCUCCCCCCGGGGAGACUAUGGUGGUUCAAAAACAGACUCAGUAAAUCUCUUUCUUCUUUAAUUCUCAAUUAUUCAACUCUUCGGUUUGUUUGCGGGGAACGGUGGGUUGCAUUAAGGGUCCGCUGCAAUUCUGUCAGCGGGGAGGCGGGAGGAGUUUUUUGUGGUACUGGAGAAUUAUUUAAAAAGCUGGGACUCUGCUGUGCGCGGUGAGUGCUUUUAACAGGAGGAGGCGUGAAUAGGGGGUUAUCAGGGAGAUACGUCUUUAUAGACACGUGACCUUCAAUAUUAUAAAAAAUAACCGCAUUAUGAUUGGAUAGACAGGUGGUAUUCUUCUCCCCCCCCAACAGAUGGUCUAUGUGUUUUGAUUUGUAAGCUCAAGUGAAGGCAGUAGGUGUGGGCCUGCACCCAGCACGCAGGGGCCCCAAUCCUCUGUAACAGAAGUUCAAAACACUCAUAUUUAACUUCUGGUUCCUAGGAUGUGGCUUGGGACAGGACACUUCAGGUGGCUGCCCCUUUCAAAGUGCUCUGCAGAGCAAAGAUUAAACUGUUUACCUCCUCUCCCAGGAGAGCUCAUUAUGCAGUGUUUGUGACAUGCUUUACAGCUGUGAAGUGCUCAGCCUUACUCUUCUGUGAAAGGUUUCAGAGGGGUAGCCCUGUGAGUCUGUAUCAGCAAAAACAACGAGGAGUCAACGAGAAACUGCAGCGCUGGAAUUAAUUUGCAAACCUGACACCAUCAAAUUAGGCCUGAAUAGAGACUGGGAGCGACUGGCUCACUACAACAAGUAAUUUCCCCUCUGUUGAUAGUCACACCUGCUUGUCAACUGUUGGGAAUUGGCCUCGUGAGCCCUGACCCGCCCCCCAACUUGAAACAAUAAAAAGGGGUUGCCUGCAAUUCCACUAUCCCCGUCUCCAACUGUGGCCAGUACCAGCUGUUUGACAGAAAGGUGGGAGAAGCCCCAGAAUGGGCAGCGGUGGAACCAGCUGCCCACAGAUACACUCAAAGGCCUUGAUCCUGCAAGGUGCCAAGAGCCCUGACAUUCUCUGACAUUCUCCAAAACCCACUGGUGCCACCCCACCCGCUCCCCUUUGGACAAGCAAGUACACGCAGAGGACAGUGUUUGCCGAUGCUUGGAACCCUACAGACAUAGGAACCCCUCGAGACAUAGAGGAAACCCACGGAUCACCACACCUAUCUUCACAGAUCCAGAAAUCACCCCAAACACACCAAGCAAUCUGUUGUCUACUGGCGGGCACUCAGAUCCCACAGAAUACGCUCUGAGGGACAGGCGCCUUAACACGCUCAAAACCGCCUUCGCCAAAGGGGGACACCCCACCAGAGAAGUACAUCGCAUCGUGGAAUGGGCCACCCAGAUACACCAAGGAAACGUGCUUCAAUACAGAAAUAAAACCCCCACCGACCGCACACCCCUAGUGGUCACCUACCACACCCUACGCUGCAACCCAUAGGGGGUAUCAAACAACUAAAACCCAACAAAUCUUUCCUGAAGCCCCACUUCUGGCCUUCAGAACAACCCCUAAUCUCUCCAAGCUCAUCAUCAGAAGCGAGCUCCCCACAGACCAGGACACACCAACUCACAGCAGCACCAGACGCAAAACCUGCAGACACAUCUCCACUGCUACAACGACCAACACACUCCACAACACGCCUUUCGAGAUCCACGGGUCCUACACGUGCCAAUCACAACAUGUGGUUUACCUCAUCCAGUGCACCAAAUGCCCCAACAACAACUAUGGGGGUGAAACCAGAGAAUCACUAUGCUCACAGACGAACAGGAAAACGCUAAGACAAGACCACCGCGUCAUCUGUGGGUGAGCACUUCUCACAGAGCAAUCACUCUUGUCUGUGAUCCAUCAGCCCUCAUCCUCAAAGGAAACCUGCACAACACUUUCAAAAAGACGGGCCUGGGAGUUGAAAUUCAGAACUUUGCUAGACACUAAAAAUCCCGGACAGAAUAAAGGUACUGGGUUGACGGUUUAUUUACAACAAUCUGGAAACCACUAACCACCUCCCCCAACUGCUUUCUCCUCGGCCCCUUUACUUUCUUUCCUGUGACUGGAGGAGCGUUAACAGGCCACUUCACCUCAAAAAAGCGUCCCUUGAAAUGUGUUAACUACGCUAAACAAGCUAUUCCUCCUUCUGCUUAGCAAGCGGUGAAACGCUGAGGCUUUGUCUACGCUUUUCAGAGUAACAGCCCUGUUAUUGUCUUUCUGGGGCGUUAAAACACCAACACAAAAACCCCACCCGCAGGCCCCAAACACAGAAGUUUAACUAGGAAAAGCGCCCGCGUGAACAGCGCUCUGUGUGCAGGGAGCCGCCGCUGCUCCUGGGGGGUGGCACUGUUUUGUCUGCGGGAGAGCUCUCUCCCGCAGACAAACCGCAGCUACACUGCGCGCCUUUGGUUUGUCACGCCCCUGAGCAACGCAGCGAUGCCGAUGUAAGUCCGUAGCGUGCACCUGGCCCGACUCCGGUUUACUUUUGCCAAGGCGAAACACACUGUUGGCACGAACCAUUUAUUCUCGGCACACUUCUCUCUGCCCGCCCCUCCCCCCAAAAAGGAAACCUAAAGCACCCAAAGGAAGGGGUAACAUUAGCCAUAAAUGAGACAGACACACAUGAGCUUAACAACCAAGAGACACACCCCACCAGCUACAGCCAGAACAGUCCCCUUUCCACACAUCUCUGUGGGCACUCACCGGGGUCAUCAUCUUUCAGAGCUCCUGCCGCCACUCCCCCGCUGCCAAAGACUGACUGACCUCGCCCACGGGGAGAAACCCAACGUAAACAGUGCCCCAGGCGCCUCCCCUUUCCCCACCAUCUCUCGGGAGGCCCCGACAGCCAUAACGUAGAGGUAGCGGGGACAGACCAGCUCCUUUCCAGGACACCACCAACAGGAGGAGGAACUGGGACCCGGGUCCUUGGGCACGUUAUGCCUGUAGUUAAGCAGAACGGGUCUUGGCCGUGGAUCUGAAGACAGCGGAUUUACCUCAUACCCAUGAUCCUCGUGCGACUGAAAAAAAUCCGCACGUGUAUAAAAGUUACGGGGGAGGGGGGCCGUGUAACUGCCGGCUUCAUUUUAAGUGGGAGAAAAGGAGGGUCUGGUAGGCAGGGUACUGAACUGAGCCUGGAAAGUCACUGGUUCUAUUCCUAACUCAACCACAAAGGCCCAGAUCUGACCUCGAAGGCGUUUAGAUGCUUAACUCCCACUGAUUUCCAUGCGAGUUAAGUGCCUAAAUACCUUUAAGAAUCUGGGCCCAGUUCCCGCGGUGACCCUGGGCUAGUCAUUUAAUUUCCCAGGGCCCCGAUCAACGAACACCACCACUUCCCUCCUUCACAAGCAUGGCGGGGAUAGACUCAGGAGGUGCACAGAGACUGCAGUGGUGGGGGCCAGAUAAGUACCUCGACCGAUUGCGGUUUACCUGGAUUCCUUAUGGCAGUCCCAGGAUGACAGACAACCCAGGAGCUGGGGUCAGGGAACAGGGUUUAUUUCCUUAUUCGCCUUCACGUCGGAAGGAAAACGGAGCGAAUUCUGAGCCCCUCGAGUCACACCGGAGUCAGCAUGUGCUCAGGCCAGUGUGCGGAGAUCUGGAGAUACGUCACCCGGCAUGUGCACCACCAGAGGAAUGUGAAGAAGAUCCGAGGGAACUUGCUGUGGCCUCUGUCACUCUCCACGUUCAGCCUCCUUUACUCAGGCCUUGCCUCAGGUACCAGCAUCUGGAGGAGGCAGAGGGAAAGCCCAGUGGGUCGGAACCAGAGCAGGAGCGGCGCCAGCAGCUUGCCCAGGGCGUGGCCCGCCUGCGUGGGGAGCUGCAGCAGCUGGACCUGCAGAUAGAGACAGCCCAGCGCGAGGUCAUGGCUGACGAGGUCUCCCUGGAGGCGGCCCAGGAGCGGAUCCGUGACGCCCAGCGCCGCUCCCUGCUGCUCAAGGCCUAUGCGGCCCGCCUGGCCAAGGAACGCCAGCAGCUGCAGGGCAGCGUAGCACAGCUGAGGGGGCGGCUGGAGCAGCUGAAGGACAUCAGCAGAAAGGCCAAGGUGGAGCUGACGAUGGGAGGGAAGGUGCCUGACCUCGGAUUUGCUGGCUUGGAGCCUGAAGUACUGCGGGACGUGCGGACGGCCUGCCAGCUGCGCUUCCACUUCCUGAAGUCACUCUUCGAGCACAGCACAUCUGGGGCCCUCCCCAGCGGGACAAGCGAGGAGCUGCUGGACGCGUCCUACCAGCACUGGCUGAGCACGGUGGAGGACAUCGUGGGUUCCCACCCUCCCAACCAUGUCCUGGCAGCCCUGGAGCACCUGGCCCUGGAGAACACCCUGCAGAUGCAGGAGCUCACCAGCCGCAUUGACAUUCCCCGCGACGUAGAGGCCCUCAAGUUCCGCUACGAGAGCUCCCGUCUGGAAGACCUGGCGGGGCCGCCAGCAGCCCUGCCCUCAGUCCGGGGCCUCAUACAGGAAGGCUGGAGCAGGUGUGAGGAGCUGUGGGUGCAGCAGCUCCCCCUACAGGCCCGGGAGCAGCGCGGCACGGCGCAGCUUGCCUCCCUCGUGCAGGAGAUGCACCGGCUGCUGGCGGACGGCUCGGAGCACGCCAUCCUCGCCAGGGCGGUGCUGGAGCUGGAGCUGCGGGCUGUGCGGCUGGCAGGGCUGCGGGAUGGGCUGCGUCGAGGCUGCCAGGAACUGGAGCAGGAGGCAAGUGCCCGCCAUGCCGAGCUGCAGGCCUUGCAGAGCAAGCGUCAGCGCAUCCUGGACUUCCGCCACCUGGUGCGCGAAAAGCAGCAGCACAUCCGGGCGCUGAUCAAAGGCACCUCCUACAUCAAAUCCCAGCUCCGCAAGGACCAGGCCGAGGUCCAGGCCUUCGUGCAGAGGAAGCUGCUGGGCCCGGAACAGGACGUGACCCUGGAGUCGCAGCGGCUGCACGGGGGGGUGGAGCGCGAGGUCCGUCAGCUGGGGGCCAUCGCCCUCCCCUGCCUGCUGCACCGCAGCCUCCCGGGGUCCCAGCAGGUCCCGGCCCACGAGCUCUCCAUCCAUCGGCUGGACCGGACGGGGCUCGCCCUGGACCGGGCCUUCCUCACUGUGUGCCAGGCUGCCGGCUUCCCUCUCUACAAGGCCCCGGAGCACCUCCUGCCCCACAUGGCUGAGCUGAAGAAGGAGCUGCUGGCCCUGCGUGCCCAGCUGGGUUACAAGAGCCAGGCGCUAGCCAGCCUGCAGCAGCGCCAGGGGACCGACGUGCAAGUCCUGCUGCAGGCCCUGCGGGACCACGACCGGGAGCAGGCCGGAGCCCUGGGGCCGCGGAUCCAGCUAGUGACUGAGCAGUGCGAGCGCCGCAUCGAGCGCUGGCCCGAGGUGCAGGCCACGAUCGAUGCCUGGUGGGAGCAGCCGGGGCAGUUCUCCCUGCCGGCGGAGCACCGCCAGGGCCUCACCUUGCAGCAGUGGCUGGAGCGCUGGACCCUGGCCCUCAAGACCCUCCAGCAGCACAGCUGGGCCUGAUGGCCCUGUCCUGCCUGGGAGGGGCUCGGGGAGCCCCGCCCCCAAAGGGGUGAAGUUGUAGGUAGCCACACCCAUGUUAGGGAAGGAGUGUGGGUGGGACGCGCCUAUCGGGGGUGGAGUUAUUGGGGGCCUAACCCAGCUGUCCCCUCUUCUGCAAGGUGGGGGGUCAGUGUAAGGGGGGGUGACCAGAUGCUGGUGGUGGGAGGGCUGGUGGGGCUGAGCGGAGGUGGAGUGGCGGUGUCAGGUGUGGGGGGGAUCCCAUGUGGGUUUUGUGGCGUUCUGUAAUUCCCAAUGUUCUGAAUAAACUGACUAAA